AGCUCACAUUUUAUGUGCUUUCUUGCUUUAUAGGCUAAAGAAAUUUUGACAAAAGAAUCCAACGUACAAGAAGUGCGAUGUCCAGUCACAGUCUGUGGAGAUGUCCAUGGACAAUUUCACGACCUCAUGGAACUUUUCAGAAUUGGAGGCAAAUCACCAGACACAAACUAUUUGUUUAUGGGGGACUAUGUUGACAGAGGAUAUUAUUCAGUUGAAACAGUCACAUUGCUUGUAGCUCUUAAGGUCCGUUACCGUGAACGUAUCACAAUUCUUCGAGGGAACCACGAAAGCAGGCAAAUCACACAAGUUUAUGGUUUCUAUGAUGAAUGUUUAAGGAAAUAUGGAAAUGCAAAUGUUUGGAAAUACUUUACAGACCUUUUUGAUUACUUGCCUCUAACUGCCUUGGUGGAUGGCCAGAUUUUUUGUCUACAUGGUGGCCUGUCUCCAUCUAUAGAUACACUGGAUCACAUCAGAGCACUUGAUCGCUUGCAGGAAGUUCCCCAUGAGGGUCCAAUGUGUGACUUGCUAUGGUCAGAUCCAGAUGAUCGUGGUGGCUGGGGAAUUUCUCCUCGAGGUGCAGGUUACACAUUUGGACAGGAUAUUUCAGAAACCUUUAACCAUGCUAAUGGCCUUACAUUGGUUUCAAGAGCUCAUCAGUUGGUAAUGGAGGGGUACAACUGGUGCCAUGAUCGGAAUGUAGUAACAAUUUUCAGUGCUCCAAAUUAUUGCUACCGUUGUGGCAACCAGGCUGCAAUUAUGGAACUUGAUGAUACUCUAAAAUACUCCUUUUUGCAGUUUGACCCAGCACCACGUAGAGGUGAACCGCAUGUUACUCGUCGCACCCCAGACUACUUCCUGUAAAGAGAUUUUAGACCUGUACAGUAUUGCCAUGAACCAUAUGUUGACCUAAAGAAAAUGGGAAGAGCAACAGUAACUCCAAAGUGUCAGAAAAAUAUUUAACAGUCAAACUUUGUUUUCACAUGGACCAAAAGACGUGCCAUACUCAAUACAAAGCCUCUUGUCAUCAACAACUGUGACCACUUUAGAAUGAACCAGUUCAUUGCAUGCUGAAGCAACAUUGUUGGUCAAGAAACCAGUUUCUGGCAUAGCGCUAUUUGUAGUUACUUUUGCUUUCUCGGAGAGACUGCAAAUAAUAAGAUGUAGACAUUAACACCUCGUGAAUACAUUUAACUUUCCAUUUAGCUAUAGCUUUAUUCAGCAUGACUGUAGAUAAGGGUAGCAGCAAACAAUCAUUGAAGCUUAAAGAACAUUUUUAAAAUAAGUACCAAGGCCUCAUAUUUGUUCUGAAACUGUUUGUUUUAUUUUCAGGGAAUACUGUUUAAUUUAAUUGUAUUUUUUUUUUUUUUUUUUUGUCUGCAUUCAGUUCCCUUUUCCACUCUGCCCUACCAUAUUGUCCCUUGUAAUUGUCCAAGGAUAGUGAAUUACUUUGAACAGAACUGUUUUUUUUCUGUAAAACAAUGUUACUGCAGGACAGAGCUGCAGUGUUUUUCAUAAUAAACUUGUGAACUAAGUAUGGAAAAAUGUCAAAAUUCUAAUUGCAUCUCAGGUCAACUGUGGUUUAAUAAACUAACAUGUAGCUGGAUGGGUUUUAUAAACUUGCAUAGAAGUUUCCACUCUAUAAAUAACUAAAACUGAGGUGAUUUUGAGUGUGCUGGAAAACUGACCUUUAGAAUCCUGUCCCAGGAAGGUGCCUGGGCCUGUGUCUCACAGCUGAGAACAGCUUGUUGGUUACUCACAUGUUGCUCUUUCCCUCUUGGUGCUCUACUGAAAUACUCAGAAAUGGGAAAAUAUAGGUUCACUUAACUGAU